GCGUAAAAGUCUUUAUGGCCAACCAUCCCCUCCUAAUUAAUGCUGGGUUUACACUGCCCGCAAGGCCAGGUAAUGAGAUUUCAGAGUUAGAGAAACGGAGACGUGGCCGCUAGCGGUCUACACGAGCUACUUACCACAACAAAGGCGUGAAACUUUGCUUGUUCAUAUGGUAUAGACUCCUUCACUCGUAGCUACCGUGUUUGAACUUUGAAAUCUUAACCCUUCAGCCCGCACAACCAACCAGAAGUCAGAAACUUCCUCCCUUCCCCUCGUUAUCCAGUUGAAGAGUCAAGUAGUUGUUUUAUAGCGGUCAAAAUAGUCUCCACAUGACUCCACACCAAAAUAUAUAGUCAUCCCCGAUCUCUCCAAUCCUUCCAAUCUCCAAACUACUCAAAAGAUGAUGGAAAAACCAGUCGAGCAGCUGAAGAAAGAAAGCCAAACCAAGUUUGCCAAGAAUGAAUCUGCAGAGACUCCUACACUCGUGUUAGUCCAGCAGAAAGAAUACCAAUUAUCCAAGGUAAAUGGCAAAAACGAAUCACAGGCCACCGCGAGGCCCCUGGAAAACCAAGCUAAGAUUUCUAAAUCGGCAGAACAACCAGCUGAUGCGGCCGCCAAUCCACUUCUUUGGGACUGUGGAAGCUCCCUAUACGACUCUUUCGAGCUCAAGUCGUUUGAACGCCAACUUGACUCGGCCAUCCAUUCAAGAACUCUGUCAAUGCCCCACUUAUCUGAUCGUCGUGUGAUUGAUGGUGGUAAUCACCACCAGCCGCCAUCUCAGCCGCCUCAGCCCAUGUCUAAGAAGUCCUCCAAAAUUUCGCGUUCGUUUCACAAGUUUCUUCGAUCAGUAUUCAAGCCCAAGGCACAAAAUGGUAACAAGAAUCCUUUCUUUCCGGCUAAUGAGCAGCAGGCUACGCGGGAUGGAUUUUACGUGGUCUAUGACAUUGACAAGUCCGGGGCUCUUUCAACUAUUCCAGAAGUUUCGGAGUUCGAUGGUCUUUCACCCGAGUACAAAUCUUUGGUUGGAAGAACUGCAUCUGAUCGAUUUGCCGUUAGUUCCAUAGCCAUUCUAAAGAGGUGGCUGUGGUUCCUUCCUUUGGGCUUAAUAAUCCUGGAGGACGACGGACGAUGGCGUUUGCCACCAGCAGCUCUUGGAGAAACUUUAGAGGAUAAUGAUGUAAUUGGGGUGGCUACCCACAUUUCCAUUUCAUUCCUUGUUAAGGGACUUGUGGUCUCUCCCUUGUACCUCCAAAAAAGAAGUAAAGGCUCAUAAUUGAUCCCUUGUCUGUAUCAUGUAUGUAUUAUCUUUACCUUCCCCAAUUAAUGAGGUUGUUGCAA